AUGAGUAUCGUGGGCGCUUUAGAGCGUCGAUACGAGUAUUUCAGGUUCAGGGAGGAUGCGGUUGGUAAACUCGGUCACACGUUCAUACAGAAGUGCACUGCUGCAAUCAAGCAACUGGCAUACGGAGACGCGACCGACAUGUUCAACGAGUACAUCCACAUUGGCGAGACGACUGCCCGUGAUUGUCUAAAGUAUUUUUGUGAGGGCGUUAUUGAGAUAUUCGUGGAUAGGUAUCUUUUGAAGCCUACCCCCGAAGACUGUCAGGCUCUGAUGGAUAUGCACGGGCAUCAACACGGGUUUUCGGGAAUAUUGGGCAGCAUAGAUUGUAUGCAUUGGGAGUGGAAGAACUGCUCCGCCGCCUGGAAAUGGGUGUACGCGACCGGCUUCAAAGGCAAGAAUCCCACGAUGAUCCUCGAAGCCGUAGCUGGCUACCGGCUACGGAUUUGA